AGGAUCUCCGACUCUUUGAUGUCCAGGGAUAUAUCGUCGUCGGUCAACGAACUCAAGAGGCAAUCAUGUUUGCCCGGUCAUUUGCUUUCCGAGCGUUCGCGCAACCGUGCCCACGAGGGUUACUAUUCCCCGGCCUCCAGCCAUCCCCCACGCUAUGGCGAACCUUCACAGCCAACGCCCCGCGGGCAAAAGCCGCGAUCAAACCCAAGCAACAACCAAUCGCCUAUAAGCCUCAACCCAAAGUGCAGACCCAGUCGGCGGAAGAGACGCUCAAAUUCGCCGGACGACGACCAGAGGGAUUCGGAAAGCUGGAGCGCAAGGUUGCCAAGGAAGGGACACUUCUACUUUUCAGCGCGCCGUCGCUGCGCAGCUACGUGCUCGGAGCCUACGGUAUCGCCUCCUUCUGCUUCGCCUACGCCGUCUACAACUCCAACGCCGUGUUCCGCGAUCCGCUCGUGCCUCUCCCCAUGUGGCAGCAGGGCUUGUUUGGCGGUAUCUGCGUGAUGAUGAGCGUCAUGGGCACGGUCUUCCUCGUCAAGACGAGUCGGCUGAUCCGGUCGGUCCACGCCGUUGCUGUCAACGGGCAGACCUACCUUCGCUUCAACGUCCGCAGCGCGGUGCCCUUUAAGAAGUCGUAUUCGUUUGAUGUCCUUCCGCGCCAGAUCGCCUUCUCGCGCCGUCUGAUCGUCUCCCCCUCUGCGCAGACCGCGCGCCAUGCUGAGCUGGCGGCUGGUGCGCAGAAGUCGCAAGUGAGCUUCUUCAAGGCUCCGCUGCAGAAGUCUAGCAUGCUUCUUUGGAGGCUGUUUCGCGCGGUGCGGCAGAUUUUCACGCAGGAGGACUUUAUCCUGCUGGAGGUGGAGGGCCAGAAGGGCGUGUUCCGGAUGGACUCUGCGGGGUACGUCGCAGAGGACUUUUUGAUCAUUGGGAAUCCGGUGAGCAUUCGGAGGUAGGGGUCGUAUGAGCGCGGUGUACGAUAUCUAUCUUUGAGUGUCUAGUUUCUUUCUGCUCUUCGUGCCUUGUGUCUGAUGGAGCCGGGGUUUGAUCUAUCUUUUUGCCAGUGACCAGGAGUGAGGGAAAGAAUCAUCAUGUACAUAUAGAGUCAAUUUAGA